UUUACAGCAUUCUUUCUUGGAGUUAAUCUCAGUUUCUUUAGACUCGCAAAAGAUUCCUAAAGAAAGAAGCCAUAAUUAAGAAAUGCUGCAAGUAAACUAGCACAGUAUCUUAAUACACCUAUAUUUUUUGCAACAUCUCCUCCAUCUCAUAAUCAUCAUGUCCAAGAAUGAACAGAAAACUACACGACAUCUUGUGGCUGGGUUUGCCGGUGGUCUGACUUCAGCUGUCUGUCUACAGCCAUUAGAUUUGAUCAAAACACGAGUACAGCAAAGUAGGAAUAGCUCGAUAACAUCCGUACUUCAAAGCAUGACAUCUGUGAGACAAUUAUGGAGGGGAACCUUACCUAGUGCGUUAAGAACGUCCGUAGGCAGUGCUAUGUACCUUUCGACUUUGCAUCUAGGACGACUGAACGUAUCUAGGCUUAAAAAAAUCCAAGCCCCAAUUUUCAAUGCCUCCUCAAAACUCCCCAAACUCUCAGCAUAUGAAAACAUUUCAAUCGGAAUGGUUUCGAGGGCCUUAGUUGGUUUUAUUACUAUGCCAAUAACAGUUGUGAAAGUUAGAUUUGAGUCUAACUUAUACAACUACGUAUCGAUGAAAGAAGCGAUUGUGGAAAUAUUGAAAAACGAUGGAGUAAGGGGUUUUUUCAGAGGUUUUGGUGCCACGUGUUUGAGAGAUGCACCAUACGCAGGUCUAUACAUAUCCUCAUAUGAACAAUUGAAAUCUGUUUUACCGAUACUAAUGAGAAUCAAGCUUGAAAGCAACAAGGAAUUGAGCCACCUUUCUUCUGGUAUUAUCAACUCUUCGAGUGCCAUCCUGGCAUCUAUUUUUGCAACAUGCGUAACGGCACCUUUUGAUACUAUUAAAACGAGAAUGCAAUUGUCUCCUGGAAAAUAUAAAACUUUCACUCAAACUAGCGGAAUGCUAUAUAACGAAAGCUGGCUCUUGUUCUUCAACGGUCUUUCACUAAGAUUGAUCAGAAAGGCAGGUAGUGCUGCGAUUGCUUGGUGUAUAUAUGAAGAACUAGUUAAGCUGUGACCCCUAGGUCCGUCCCUUAUUCGAACCCGUCAUACAAUAUGUUAAAUUUGUAUCUUGUAAGUAAUGCUAAAGAAAGUAGAAAAA